AUGCCCAUCAGCUUCUUCGACUCGGUCCGCGCCCGCGUGGCCGCUGUGGACUCGCUCCUGUGCGUGGGAUUGGACCCGCACAUCGCGGAAUUACCUGAACCAACAGCUUCUGCGGCUCUGGCCUUUUGUUUGCGUCUCAUCGAAGUGACACAGCACGCAGCAGCCGCUUUCAAGCCGAACUCGGCCUUCUUUGAGGCUUUUGGGGCUGAAGGUAUCGCUGCUUUGCAUACUGUAAUCAAGUCAAUUCCGGACGGAAUCCCCGUGAUCUUGGAUGCCAAACGCGGUGACAUUAGCACCACUGCAGCUGCUUAUGCUGUCUCGGCCUUUGACAAGCUCGAGGCUCACGCUAUCACGUUGGCGCCGUACAUGGGUCAGGACUCCAUUGACCCAUUCGUCAAGGGACGUCCUGAUCGUGGCUGUUUUGUCUUGUGCAAGACAUCAAAUGCCAGUGCCAAUGACUUCCAGACGCUUUCGGUUGGCUCACGUGCGCUGUUUGAAGAAGUGGCGGCCAAGUGCGAGCAGUGGAACGUCGAAGACAAUGUCGGCCUCGUGGUGGGCGCGACAGACGUCGAUGCUUUGCGUCGUGUGCGUUUCGUGACGCCUGAUUUGUGGAUCUUGGCCCCGGGGAUUGGCGCUCAAGGUGGCAACUUGGAAGAGGCGGUGAUGGCUGGGCUAUCUGCGUCUGGACUUGGUCUGUUGGUGCCUGUUUCGCGUGGUAUUUCCAAGUCUGCCGACCCUAAACAAGCUGCCGAGUCCCUGCGUGAUGCCAUCAAUGCUUUCCGCAAGAUGAAGGUAGAAGCGGCGCCUGGUUCAGCAAUCGUGGUCAAUUCGAGUGCCAACGAGUUUAUCAAGUUUGCGCUGUCGUUUGGUGUGCUGAAAUUUGGUGACUUUACACUAAAGUCGGGACGCCAGAGUCCGUACUUUUUCAAUGCUGGUCUGUUUCGCACGGGUCGCGCGCUUGGCAAGCUCGGCAAGUUUUAUGCUCAAGCCAUCCAUGACAGCGGCGUGGAAUUUGACGUGCUCUUUGGUCCCGCCUACAAGGGCAUUACACUGGCAGCUGCUGUUGCCAUUGCGUACGCCGAGAUGUACAGUGUCGAUGUUCCCUUUGCUUAUAACCGCAAAGAAGCCAAAGACCACGGCGAAGGCGGCGUGCUCGUCGGUGCUGACAUGACCGGCAAGAGGGUGCUCAUAGUCGACGACGUUAUCACUGCCGGUACUGCCAUCCGUGAAGCGUUUGCUAUCUUAUCGAAGACCAACGCGCAAGUCGCGGGUGUAUGCAUCUCACUGGAUCGUCAGGAGAAGGUGUCGGUGGACGACACACGAUCGGCCAUCGAUCACGUGAAGGCGAGUUUUGGCAUUCCUGUUGUGAGUAUCGCGACGCUGGACAACCUCGUCGCUUUUCUCGAAAACGCAGACCCGACAACGGACAGCAACGCCUCGUAUCUACCGGUCAUCCGCGCCUACCGUGCUGAUUAUGGCGUCUUUACGCAGUAA